AUGGUGUUUAGGGUUACUUUUAAAGUAUUAAGUGUUAUAAAGAGUAUAAUUCAUUGUAAAAUACUAAUUAGAAAUUCGAACUAAGUUAUUUGUUAUAAGAAUAGGUUACAGAAGAGAAAAAGUCGGAUAGUAAUUUACUAUAUGAUGAAGAUAGGGUUAUUGGGUAACUGAAAAGAUCAUAACAUAUUAUAAAAAUAAUAAAAAUCUGAUUAUAGUUAUGAGAAGUUAGAGAUGAUUUUGGUGAAUAAAUUUGGAAAGAUGGUGCUCUUUAUAUUGGAGAGUGAAAAAAAAUUAAGUUAAUGGUUAUGA